AUGUCCGCCUACACUGUAAAGGAUCGAUUUGCCAUAGUUACUGGAGGCGGCUCCGCUGGAUGCUCCGUCAUAAUCGCCGACCUGCGUCUCCGACCCGAAGCCGAACCCUUGGUCUCCGAGUACCCCCAUCCCGCGAAAGAAUCCAACAAGCCAUCUCUCGUCUUUUGCGAGACUGAUAUCUCCGACUGGACACAGAUCACUGCGUUAUGGAAGACAGCCCUCGAGACGUUUGGACGAAUUGAUAUUGUGGUCAACAGCGCUGGAGUAUAUGAGCCUCCCUCAAGCUCCUUCUGGAAACCCCCUGGUAUCUCUCCCCUCUCUGAGGACCCUGAAGAUGCCAAGGUGGGCCAGUAUAAGAGCUUCGCCAUCAACACCAUCGGCCCCAUCAGGCUGUCCCAGAUUGCUAUUGACUAUUGGCAACAGAACCCAGAGGUAGAGGGAAACCUCCUUUGGGUUGCUAGCAUGGGUGGCUACAUGCAUUCCAUGCAGGCUCCUCUUUACUUUGCAAGCAAGGCCGCUCUCGUCAGUAUGGUCAAGUCCCUGUCUGGUCUGAGAAGGGCCCUGAACAUUCGAAACUCGGCUGUCUGCCCAGGACCAUGCUUUACGCCCAUCUUUGAGCAAGAAUACUGCCGUGACAGACUUCGACCAGGCGAUAUUGCCUUGAAGCCCGAGGACUGCGCCGAGUUGAUUAUGCGUGUGCUCCAGGAGCCCCAGUACGGAGACGGAAACAUUGUGGAGAUCAUGAUGAUUGGCACAAAGGAGGAGCAGACGGUCAAUGUGCGCGAGAUUGGGCUCGAAGCUUUGUAUCCGACUGUAGGUCCAUUGGAUCAAGGCACCCGCGCCAUGGCGGAGGAGCUCAAGUUCUUUGGCGAGGUCAAGGAGAAGGGCAUGCAUACAUAG